AUGGCUCCCGAGUUCCCGUAUCCUACCGCGAUAAUUGAUGUAUGGGAAUCGUUAAACUGGGUCCUAAAUCAUUCAAACGAACUUCAAAUAUCUCGUUCACGUAUUAUUCUUGGAGGUAGCAGUGCCGGUGCCAAUUUGGCGGCUGUGGUCACCAGAAAGGCUAUUUCCAAUAGUAUUCCGAUCUCUGGCACCCUACUACAAAUACCAGUCGUUUGCCAUCGCAACUGUUACCCGUCAGAGGAAUAUGAACUGCUGAGCAUGCACCAAAACAAGGAUGCGCCGAUGCUGUCAAAAGCUGCACUUGAUCAGUUCUGGGCAUAUUAUAAUCCUCCCGACAUCACUGACCUCCAAGUAUCACCGCUAUUGGCCAAAGACUUCACUGGAUUUCCACAGACAUUUAUUCAGGUCUGCGGCUUGGAUCCGCUGCGCGAUGAAGGGCUAGCGUAUGCAAGAAAGCUUUGGGGAUUUGAUGUGCCUUGCUCGGUUGUGGUGUACCCAGGAUUUCCUCAUGGAUUCAGCGCUUUUACUGAGUUGUCUGCUGCUAGAGCGUAUCGUGAGGACAUGUUGAAUGGGCUGAAUGGUUUGAUUAGUGGUGAAAUUACAAGUGGAGUUAGAAAUUAUCAUGGCAAAUAA